AUUUUGAUCAGAUAUUAGAAAGCCCUAUUAAUUUUAUUUAUUUUUCCGCCGCCGCCAUCUCCAUUUCCAUCUUCGUCGGUUUUUUUUUUUUUUACUGUUUCUUCUUCGUCUUUCUCGAGCUCCGGCCACGCGCUCGUGUCAGUGAGUGUCGCGGUUUGGCGCCGUAAACGACUAGUCCGAGCAACCGAGGGGUUUGAUAAUCAUUCAAAGGCUGACAAUGGCGACUCAGCGAGAAGGGGAAGCGUCUCAGGAAACUACAACUACUCCGCCGGCUAGCCUGUCGGAAUUGGUGCAGGAAAGAUAUCGGAAAAUCAAGGAGCACGCUGAAACGUAUCCUUAUGUAUGGGGGUCUUACACGCUUGUUUAUGGCGGUUUGGCACUUUGGACUAUUUACAGAUGGAGGAAACUUCGUAAGACUGAGGAUCGAGUGCGAGCCCUUCAAGAAAGACUCCGGAAGCUUGUCGAAAAUGAAGAAGCAGCAAACUCUGGUACAUCUGUUAAAAAGGCUCCAACCUCUGAUGAUAAAGUUCCCAAGUAGUUAUACGUUAAAAGUUUAGUUUCCCUUUUUAUGUAGGAAAAAGAAAGUUCACAUUCAGUUUGAGAAUGCAUUAUUAAGGUUUUUGAUGAACUAGCUAGUAUUGAUGAAGAUAAUGUAUGAAUUUUGGGAGAAAAAAAAUGAACAUUAAUUCUAUUCUUUACAUUAUUUUUCUUACAA